GUAGCACCACCCAUGUUCUUUUAUGGUCAAAUCCAACCCAAUGUCAUGUAAUAGCACGAGAUGCCUGCAAUUGCUGGAGAAAUGCAAGAACUUGAAACAGCUAAAGCAAGCUCAUGCGCAGGCAAUCAUUUGUGGACUCGGCGGUAACAAUUUUGCUUUGAGCAGGCUAUUAGCUUUCUGCUCCGACCCAAAUCAUGGCAGUCUCAGCUACGCGUGGAACCUGUUUCGGCACAUUCAACGCCCCACCCUUUGCAUCCUCAACACCAUGAUGAAGGCUUUCUUGCUCAAUGGUGACCUCGCCAACACCAUAAAUGCUUAUUCCCUAAUGUUGUUCAACGGUAUGUACCCAGAUAAUUAUACUUUACCCUAUGUGUUAAAGGCUUGCGCAAAGCUGCAAUCUAGUUUGCUAGGAGAAUUAGUUCACGGACAUUGUUUGAAACUGUGCUUUUUGUCUGAUACUUUUGUGGGUAAUUCUUUGAUUUAUAUGUAUUGCGCGUUUGAUAAUGUGAGAGCAGCAAGGUACAUAUUCAAUGAAAUUACUGACCCAAAUGUUAUGUCAUGGACGCUUAUGAUUUCUGGGUAUGCAAAAGUGAGUGACGUUGACGCUGCAAGAUCUUUGUUUGAUGAGGCAUCGGUGAAGGAUAGAGGAAUAUGGGGUGCCAUGAUUUCUGGGUAUACGAAGAAUAGUUGUUUCAAGGAGGCAUUGUAUAUGUUCCGAUUGAUGCAAUUGACUGAUGUUGAGCCGGAUGAGGCCGUAUUUGCGUCCAUUCUUUGUGCUUGUGCUCACUUGGGUGCUUUGGACACUGGAAUUUGGAUUCACAGAUAUUUGGAUAAACAGAAGUUGCCAUUGAGUUUGCGUCUGGGCACUGGUCUCAUAGAUAUGUAUGCAAAAUGUGGGAAUUUGAAUAUGGCCAAAAAGGUGUUUGAUGAAAUGCCUGAAAGAGAUGUUAUUUGCUGGAAUGCUAUGAUUUCAGGAAUGGCAGUGCAGGGAGAUGGAGAAAGAGCACUUGAGCUGUUCAGGGAGAUGGAGAAAGCUGGGGUGAGGCCAGAUGAUAUUACUUUCAUUGUGAUUUUCACUGCUUGUUGUUAUUCUGGUGUGGUAUUUGAAGGCAUAAAAAUGCUAGAUAAAAUGUGUAAUGUGUACAAUAUUGAGCCUAAAAGUGAACAUUAUGGAUGUAUGGUUGACCUACUCAGCAGAGGUGGGCACCUGGAAGAAGCAGUACAAGUAAUUCAAAUGAUGCCCAAUUCAAGUAAUCCGUCUGAUGAAGCCAUAGCUUGGAGGGCAUUGCUGAGUGCAUGUUGUAGUCAUGGACACACCAAACUGGCUGAGUCUGCUGCUAAGAAGCUGGCGCAGUUAGAGCAUCACAGUGGGGCAUAUGUUCUGCUUGCAAAUCUAUAUGCAGCCGCUGGGAAACAUGAUGAUGCCAAAAGAAUGAGGAAGAUGAUGAAAAGCAGAGGGGUCUAUAAGGUUCCAGGAUGCAGCUCAGUCAAGAUAAAUGGGGUAGUUCAUGAGUUCAUUGCAGGAGAGAAAAGCCAUCCCCAAAUAGCGGAAAUACAUUUACUUUUGGAGAAAUUAGACAAGCAGUUGGAAUGUUAAAUCUGGAACCUCAUUUGUUUCUGGUUGAAGCGCACUGAUCCAUGGAAUAUUUAUGGAUGAUCCAUUUAUAUUGUGAACAUCUGGACAACAGCUUCAAUGUUCAAUCAUUUUUCCUCAUGUCAUGCUAUUGUUUAUACCAAUGGUUCCGUCAGCCAAGUAAUGGCAUUCAAUAAAGAGUCUAGAAGGCUUUCCACUCGCACCUGGAAAGGAUUUAAAGACACUUUAUGGCAUAAUUUGGCAGAAGAUUUCCACGGCUAUUGUAAUUUCAAGCUUUCUAGUUGACAUGGGAAACUGAAGGCCAUUGCCCAAGUAUUGUUGGGUAAUAUUGGAGGUAAUCUUCUCAACUAUAAAAUGAAGGGUUGACUGCCAUCUGGCCAUGGGCAUGAUUUGUUGUUUCAAGGUCUGAGUCAUAAUAAUGGUAAUGAGCAACUGGUUAUCUUCUGGAAGACUGCUGGUGCUGGGUUCCAACUGCUCUACACUCACCUACGCCAGCUUCAUCUCAGGAGCUUUGAGUUUGUCAUUUGUUGUUGAAGAGGGGUCGCAAAUGGGCUAAAAUCAACAUUUAGCCCCUCACCUUACAAAAUUGGUAGGUUUUAGCCCCUAAUCUUAUAAUAUCACACUUUUAGCCUUUAACUUACAAAGUUUGUAGGUUUUAACCCCUUACCUUACAAAAUUGAUAGAUUUUAACUCAUCACUUUAUAUUAUGACAUUUUUAACCUCUUAUCUGUAUGAAUUGAAGAAAAUAGCUUUUAUUUA